AUAUCUUCCACUGAACAGAAUUUUUCCUGAUUGACCCAUCAUGGAUAGGGACAGAGACAAGAUGGCAGAGAGGAUAUUAAAUCUCACCCUAGAGAUACUCUUCCAACUUACUGGAGAGGAUUACACAGUGGUGAAGAAGACCUCUAGUGAGCGCUGUCAGGGUCAUGUAUCUGAAGGAUGGGGAAGAACCCUGAGCCCAAUCACGGGGCCUCCACCUCACUCCCUGAUACAUGAGGAGAUCAAUGAACAGAAGAUCCUAGAACUCAUCCAUAAGAUGAUUGAGCUGCUGACUGGAGAGGUUCCUAUAAGGUGUCAGGAUGUCACUGUCUAUUUCUCCAUGGAGGAGUGGGAGUAUGUAGAAGGACACAAGGAUCUGUACAAAGACGUCCUGAUGGAGAAGCACCAGCCCCUCACAUCACCAGGAAGAUCCAGUAAGAGAAGAACACCAGAGAGAUGUCCCAGUCCUCUUCUUCCACAGGCUCAUCAGGUAGAUAUUCUUCUAUGGUCUGUAGAAGGCUGUGAAGUCCUUGUGUUCAGUCUUGUUUUAUCCCAUAUUAUUGUACGUGUGUAAUAAAAUAUCGUGAGAUGAUGGGAUUGAAGAUGCCUGGAACCGCUUUAAAUGUUCUGGUUACGGAUACUGG